CAGAUCACUGAGCGCCACACGCUCUCAAAAUGGCGCCGGCUCUCAAAAUCUCUCUAUCAGGCUGAGCGCUCUACUCUCCGGAGGAACGUCGCGUCACCAGGGCAACGACGCUCUUGCGUAGAGGCGCGACGCGGGUGAAAGUUCAGGGCUAGAGCGCCGAUCCGCUACCGCCGCUUCUGGGCCUUAGGUGAGGCCCGAGCCCACGCAAGUCCCACGGUCCCAGGUCAUGCGAGCGUUGGCCCAGACCUGGAGCGAUCCGAGCGCGCCUCUCCCCGCACUCGGCCUUGCCUGGUCAGGCUGAGGUCCAGACGUAACCUCAGGGCGAGGGGCGGGACGAGCCUAGCGCGCGGCCCGCCCCUGAGGUCGGUUCCGCGCCCUGGGGCGCCUGCUGGAGUUGACGUUAGCCAUGGAAACGAGGUGCCGGUCGAGACGCCACCGCGGUGAGCUGGUUGCCGUGGCCGCCACAGUUCCUCUGCCUCGGCGUUCGGACCGCAGGCAGCCUUUCGGCGGGAGCGCGCACCCCGAGUAUACCUGCAAAAGUGCCGUCACCGGGAUGCUUUCGCUUCGCCUCUUCCCUCAGGUGACUCCAGUGACUGCUGUGUUACAGAAAAGAAAGUGACUUUCAGAAUAAUCUGAGUGAGAAGGAUGAGUCCAGAUGUGCCCCUGCUGAAUGAUUACAAACAGGACUUCUUCCUGAAGCGCUUUCCACAGACUGUUCUCGGAGGCCCUCGACUCAAAUUGGGCUAUUGUGCCCCUCCUUACAUAUAUGUUAAUCAGAUUGUCCUUUUUUUGGUGCCAUGGGUUUUAGGUGGAAUAGGAACACUUUUGUACCAAUUAGGCAUCUUGGAAGACUAUUACACAGCAGCACUUUCAGGUGGACUAAUGCUUUUCACCGCAUUUGUCAUCCAGUUCACAAGUUCAUAUGCCAGAAACAAAUCGGUAACGGUGGAGAGAAUGCUGACCACAGACAUCUUAGCAGAGGAAGAUGAGCAUGAGUUUACAGAUUGUGCUGGUGCUGAGACCAUCAAAUUUCUAAUUCCUGGCAAAAAACAUACAGCCAACAUAGUUUUUCAUUCUGUUACUGCUGGAUUACUGUGUGGUCUUGGAACAUGGUAUUUGCUCCCGAAUAGAAUAACCCUGCUAUAUGGCAAUGUAGGAGGCACUGUUGUACUCUUUGUCUUUGGAUGGAUGACGCUGUGUAUAGGAGAAUAUUCAUUAAUUGUAAACACACCUACAGAGUCUGCAACUUUCCAAACCCAGGAUACUUAUGAAAUCACUCCUCUUAUGAGACCUGUUUAUAUUUUUUUCUUCAUUUCUGUAGAUCUUGCACACAGGUUUAUGGUAAAUAUACCAGCUCUAGAACAGAUGAAUCAGAUUUUACACAUCUUGUUUAUAUUUUUACCCUUUUUCUGGGCACUCGGGACCCUACCCCCACCUGAUGCACUUUUCUUAUGGGCAGUGGAGCAGGUUUUAGAGUUCGGCCUUGGAGGCUCAUCUAUGUCAACUCACCUACGGUUGUUAAUAAUGUUCAUCAUUUCUGCUGGAACAGCUGUAGCAUCUUAUUUCAUUCCCAGCACUGUUGGUGUGGUUCUUUUCAUGACUGGACUUGGGUUCUUACUGAGUCUUAACCUAAGUGAGAUGGUUCUUGUCUUCAAACACAGUGUGACCAGACACAGAGUUGGAACCAAAUCUAAUGCUUUAUCCAGUGGUUCAGAAAUCCGGUUCACUUGGAGGGAAUACCUUUUCUACAGCAUUGUAUUAGUCUUGGCCCUCUUAGAAACUGGUUUGUUGCAUCACUUUGCUAGUUUCUCACAGAUUUCCAAAAACAGUCCUCAGGCUGUUGUUGGCUAUACUUUGAUGAUAUUAUUUAUAAUACUGUGGAUACUUAAAGAAAUUCAAAGUGUCUAUAUCUUUGGAAUUUUCCGGAACCCUUUCUAUCCAAAGGAUGUGCAAACUGUGACUUUAUUCCUAGAGAAGCAGACAAAGCUUAUGAAGAUUGGUGUUGUCAGACGGAUUUUAAUAAAUCUAGUGUCACCUUUUGCUAUGAUAGCAUUUCUUUCAUUGGACAGUUCCUUACAAAGGCUUCAUUCUGUAUCUGUCUCCAUUGGAUUCACAAGAGCUUUUAGAAUGGUGUGGCAGAAUACAGAGACUGCUUUAUUGGAGACAGUCAUUGUAGCGGCAGUGCACUUGCUGAGCUCCAGUGCAGACAUGUGGUGGAGCAGAAGCCUGGACACAGGGAUCAAACUCUUACUGGUUGGUAUCAUGCGUGAUCGUCUGAUUCAGUUCAUCGCUAAAUUGAAGUUUGCCGUGACUGUGCUUGUGGCAUCAUGGACAGAGAAAAAACGUAGAAAAUCAACCACCACUUUGGGUGUACUCAACAUCGUCUUCUCUCCAUUCGUGUUGGUCGUCAUAGUUUUUUCUACACUACUCUCUUCUCCCUUACUCCCCCUCUUUACCCUUCCUUUGUUCUUGGUGGGGUUUCCUCGGCCUGUUCAGAGUUGGCCAGGAGUGGUGGGCACCACAGCCUGUGUGUGUGCGGAUACAGUGUACUAUUGCCAGAUGGUCCCGGGUUUAAUCACUGCGCUGCAGUCUGCAGUGGCAGCUGGGAGUUUAGGUCUCCUCUUACCUGGGUCUCAUUACUUGGGCCGUUUUCAGGAUCGUUUAAUAUGGAUAAUGAUUCUAGAAUGUGGCUAUACUUAUUGCUGUGUUAACAUUAAGGGGUUAGAAUUGCAAGAGACAUCCUGUCACACUGCUGAAGCUCGAAGAGUUGAUGAAGUUUUUGAAAGUGCCUUUGAACAAGAAGAAUAUGUAAAAUUAUGUUCCAUUAAUGAACACUUUGGAAAUGUUUUGACACCCUGUACUGUUUUGCCUGUGAAACUCUAUUCUGAUGCCAGGAAUGUCCUGUCUGGCAUAAUUGAUUCUCAUGAUAACUUAAAAGAAUUUAAAGGUGACCUUGUUAAAGUACUUCUGUGGAUACUUGUUCAGUACUGUUCUAGAAGGUCUAGCAUGCUGGAGAAUGCUCACAAAACUGAAAAUAAAGGGAAAGCAUCUCUAAUAAUCCUGCCUGCUUUGAAUACUGAACCACAAACUGAAUCCCCAGAAGACACAGAUAGUUUAAAUUCAGAAAAUUUGGAUGACUGGUCUGAUGAUGUUUUUGGUGAAGAGCCAACUAUCAAAAAAGGAAAAGAUGAAAAAGAUCAGUUGAAAGUAUUGCCAGGUAUAAAUUUGCCUAUUCCCGGUUCAGUAGAAUCACAGAACAUUGGUAGUCAUUCUAUAAACACAGUUACUGAAGAGAGUCUUUACCAAGCAGUUGCACUUGGAUACCCUGCCAUUGACAAAGGAAAACAAGAAGCCAUGGCAUAUAUCCCUCUCAUGGAGUUCAGUUGUUCUCAUUCUCACUUAUUAAGCUUACCUGAAGAGUGGAUGUCUAACUGUUUACCUAAUUCCAAAAUGAAGGAGAUGAGUUCAUUAUUUCCAGAAGACUGGUACCAGUUUAUUUUAAUGCAGUUGGAAUGUUUUCCUUCAAAAGAAAAUGCCUCAAAUGUAGGGGAAGAAAUUGCAAAGGACAGAGUUCUAAAAGACUUGUAUGUUCGUACAGUAAUGACUUGUUACUUUAGUUUGUUUGGGGUAGACAAUAUGAUUCCUAGUCCUGGUCAUAUAUUGAGAGUUUACAGUGGUGUUUUGCCUUGGUCUCUUGCCUUGGAUUGGCUCACAGAAAAACCAGACCUGUUCCAACUAGCCCUAAAAGCUUUCAGGUACACUCUGAAACUAAUGAUCGAUAAAGCAAGUUUAGGUCCAGUAGAAGACUUUAAAGGGUUGAUUAACUGCCUUGAAGAAUAUGAAAGUGACUGGUACAUUGGUUUGGUAUCUGAUGAAAAGUGGAAGGAAGCAGUUUUACAAGAAAAACCAUACUUGUUUUCUCUGGGAUAUGAUCCUAAUAUGGGAGUUUACACUGGGAGAGUACUUACCCUUCAAGAAUUAUUGAUCCAUGUUGGGAAGUUAAAUGCUGAAGCUGUUAGAGACGGGACAUGCCGUGAAGACCCAGACAGUGGCUGGCUCAGUCACUGCUGCGUCCCCAGUGCCCAGCACAGAGGCCAACACAAGCAGGUAUUCAGAAAACAUCUUUUGUUGUUUGCAGUCUGUUCCAUAAGACAUGAAACAGCUCCACAAGGUUGCCUAAUCUUUGCUGGCACUGCACAGUUGACCCUCACUGAGGUCACUGUCAAAUAAGAGCUGUUUUCCUCACAUAUGCUCUGCUGUUGAGACUUUUCCUACUCUGGACUGGUGCCAUGGAUUUUUCUGGAUCUAUGUGCAGUACCUAAAAUUAGUCACUCUGAAAUUUUACCAUGUGAGAUACAUGCUUGGAGACACAGAAGGUAUCUCUAGACGGAUACAUAAAAUGCAGGAAAUGGUGGUUGCCUCCAAAGAAGCACACUGGCAAGACAAGGGUGAGAGACAAGGGUGAGACAGAGCUUUACUUGUCACCAUGUAUCCUUUUGUAUUUUUAAAAGUUGCCUUAUGUGAGUAUAUUGUCAACUUUUUAAAGUGACACUUCAUGGCAAAUAGAUGGGGAAAAAGUGGAAACAGUGACAGAUUUUAUUUUCUUGGGCACCGAAAUCACUGUGGACGGUGACUACAGCCAUGAAAUUAAGAUGUUUGCUCCUUGGAAGAAAAGCUAUGACAAACCUAGACAGCAUAUUAAAAAGCAGAGACAUUACUUUGCCAGUAGAGUCAAAGCUAUGGUUUUCCCAGUAGUCAUGCUUGGCUGUGAGAGUUGGACCAUAAAGAAGGCUGAGUGUUAGAGAAUUAAUGCUUUCGAACUGUGGUGCUGGAGAAGACUCUUGAGAGUCCCUUGGACUGCAAAGAGAUCAAACCAGUCAAUCCUACAGGAUAUCAACCCUGAAUACCCUGAAUAUACAUUGGAAGAACUGAUGCUGAAGCUGAAGCUCCAAUACUUUGGCCACCUGAUGCGAAGAGCUGAUUCAUUGGAAAAGACCCUGAUGCUGGGAAAGAUUGAGGGCAAGAGGAGAAGGGGGUGACAGAAGAUGAGAUGGAAGGAUGGCAUCACUGAUUCAAUGGACAUGAAUUUAAGCAAACCCAGGGAAAUAGUGAAAGGCAGGGAAGACUAGCGUGCUGCAGUCCAGGGGUUAUAGAGAGUUGGACAUGACUUUGCAGCUGAACAACAACAACAUAAAGAUGAAAAAAAGGAUAAUUUUUUUUAAACCUUAAUAGAGUCUGCCCAUCUUUCCAGUUUGAACUGUUUUUGGAACUUGAAUCUAUCUUCAUGUUCCUUUAAGUCUUUUUCACUAUCGCCCUCACCUCCCUUCCAACUCUCUCACUCCCUAAUCCUCCCCUGCCAAGUCUUUUUAGUCAUUUUUCCUAAUAACGUCCCUAUUUCACAAUUUCACAAAUAUACUGCAUAUCUGUUUAUAUAUCUUCAUAUAUCUUUGUGCCAAGUCGUUUCAGUCAUGUCCAACUCUGCGACCCUAUGGGCCGUAGCCUGCCAGGCUCCUUUGUCCAUGGGAUUCUCCAGGCAAGAAUAUUGGAGUGGGUUGCCAUACCAUCCUCCAACGGAUCUUGCCCAUCCAGGGAUAGAACCUGCAUCUCUUGUGUCUCUUGCAUUGACAGGCAGGUUCUUUACCACUAGUGCCACCUGGGAAGCCCUUACAUAUAUGUAUCUAUGCUUUAGAUAUAAAAGGAGUUCUAUAAAGUUUAUUCUUCAGUAAGUGCAGGUUUAAGCAUGGUGAAAUUGAAAAGUUAAAAGUUAAAUUAAAAUUUAAAAGCUAUUAACAUUUAACUUUACAACUGUAAAUUUACAAAAGUUAUUUUGCUGAAUAACAUGUAUUUACAUAAAUUGCAAUGUAUCAUAUAUUUGUAAAUCAGCAAAUUAUAUAACUACAUGAUGAUAAUAAUAACAAAGUAAUUAAAUGUGUUUAAAAAUCCUUCAAAACUGAUAUUUUUCCAGCAAAAGUAAAACACUGAAAAAACCAAAUGAAUUUCUUAAAAGUUAUCUUUAGUCACCUUAACUUUUGCUUGAUAUGUGAAAAUAACUUUUCAUUUCACUAGCUGCUAAAUAUUGUCAACGUUUUUCCUCUUCAGCACUUGACAUUAUCAGUUGAGUAAUUUGUAGAACAGUAAAAUAUAAAGUAUUUUUAUGUAAUUCUCAAAGUCCAAGUUAACACUAAGCACAAAUAGAAUCAAACACUAAAGUCCACAAAGCAGCUCAUGGGCACAUGCAUUCCAUCUGCUGAGAUGGGCCAAUGACCAAGAGAAAGUCUGCCAAUCACAGCCAUCUAUUUGCCAUAGUUUUGUAACCCUGAUCUUGCACAUGUUUUACGUAGUUUCCGUGAACUCAAUGUAAGUGCUACACAUGCUAUACCCACCCCCCUCCAAAAAAAGAAACAAGAAAAAUGAAAUACUAAGGAAUAAUACUUUGUCAGUUAGGGUUGAGCUUUGGAGGGGCAUAAAACAUUGUACCAUCUAAGAUUUUUUUUCAGUCCCCAAGAACCAAUUUUCACCCCCAUGUAAGUGAUAGGGCUCCCCUUCUCUCUCUGGCUCCAUUAUCCAGGGCUUCUCUGGUGGCUCAGACAGUAAAGAAUCUGCCUGCAGUGUAGAUCAGGAGUUUGAUCCCUGGGUUGGGAAGAUACUCUGGAGAAGGGAAGGGCAACCCACUCCAGGAUUCUUGCCUGGAGAAUUCCAUGGGCAGAGGAGCCUGACAGACUAUAGUCCAUGAGGUCCCAAAGAGUUGGAAGCGACUGAGCAACUAACAAUUUCACUUUUUCACUGAAUCACUUCCAAGUAAACCUCCUCACAUGAUUUAGAUAUUUUCAUGCAGGAAACUAGGUCCAGGGAAACCCCACUUCCCGCUGGCCCUUGUAGACAUAAAGCCUAGCUCUGGACAGCCCACUGAACUUCUCUGAGCAUUAUGAAAAUAAGACUAAUAAUGCCUACUUUAUAACAGUCAUUGUAAAGGUGAACAGUCACAAAUGAAAAGGGUCUGGUGCACUGCUUAGCACAUAGAAUGCGUUUAGUAAACGACCAUCAAAUAUUAAGCUGGGCAUAGAAAAAAGAUGGGCAGAAUGUCUUUUAGUAUGCCAAUAACGGUCUUCCUUCAGGCAAAACACCCAAUCCAGUUCUCUACCUUUAUCCCAAUGGGUAGGCAGCUUUGUAGGUGGCUGUAUUAUCAUCUCAAAUUUUGUUUCAUUGCUCUUAAGUAGAGUGAGAGAUGGCAUAUAAACAACUUCAGGACGUAGCUCCAAAAGGACAUGCCUUCACAAGCGCACUGUUUCUCCAAGUACUGUCCUCCCACGCUGCUUCAGAAUCCCUGGGAGCCAGGCGGAGAACUCAGAGACCUGAAGCCGCCCCGCCGAUUCCAAGGCUCUUUUACUUCAGCAAGUAAAAGGCAAAGUCCGUAGGUACCAGGGCAGAAGACAAAAGGCGCCGGCCCCUUCCACCCCGAACCAGAGCCCUUGAAAAAGGCGCAGCCUCGCCGCCCGGAAGCUCCACGCCACCCGGAGGGACGCUGGGGCAGCGGAAAUCCGAUCGCACCACGGAACCCGGGCUCCCAGUGCAGAGAGGCGGCAG